AUGACUUUUUACGCAUACCUACUGUGCGAUAAAGUGUAUAUAAUAUGGUAUGGCAUAGUGAUCCUGGUUUUACUGGAAAAAGGAGUAAAUGGACAUGGAAGGCUAAUUGAACCACCAUCACGUGCAUCCGCCUGGCGUUUUGGCUUCGACACUCCACACAACUAUAAUGACCACGAGUUAUAUUGUGGAGGGUUUACAAGACAGUGGAACAAGAAUGGCGGAAAAUGUGGGGUCUGCGGGGACGCCUGGGACUCGCCUAAGCCUCGACCCCACGAAUUAGGAGGUAGAUUUGGCAAAGGAGUCAUCGUCCGACGUUACGCUCCGAGAGAUGUUAUCGUCAUUAAGGUAGAAUUGACAGCCAAUCAUCAAGGAUUCUUUGAGUUUAGAGUAUGUGACGACGCGAAAACAACAGAACAGGAAUGUUUGGAUAAAAGUGUCUUGCACUUAGAAGGAAGAGAUGAAACGAGAUACUAUCCCCGUGAAGGAAAUAAAGUUUAUGAAAUGAAAUACCGAUUACCUGAUAAUGUAGAAUGUUCUCAUUGUGUUUUGCAAUGGAAGUAUAUCGCCGGAAAUAAUUGGGGCACAUGUGCAAAUGGAACGGGGGCAGUCGGUUGUGGGCCACAAGAAGAGUUCAGAGCGUGUGCUGAUAUAGCUAUUGAAGAUCGCUUCACCACUACAACUAAACGGCCAAGGCCAACAUACGUUCCACCCAGCAGAAAGCCCCCAGUACCAAUCCCAGAAGAAUCUACUGGCAGUGCAUGGUACGGCGUCCUCAUCGCAUUGCUCACUCUGUUCGCCGCGAUUGUCGCGAUGGCGGGAAUAUACCUGUACUACUACAGAGGUGGCAUAAAAAUAAAGAAUCUCUUGAAGUCGAAGGUAUCCCAACCUGCCCCAGUUCCUCCACCGAGACAUAAAAGAACAUCCCUCUCUAGAGAAACCCCACCAGAAAUAUCCGCCCCGAAAAUUAUAUCAGAUUCUGGAUUCGAAACAGUAGAUUUAAGAUCGAAAUAAUUAAGGCUGAGAAGAACCCGCCACUGCCUUUUUAGUUGUAGACACUCGUAGAUUUAGAAUAGACGUUAGAUAUUAGAAUAAGACUAAAAAGCGUGAUUGAUUGUGCUGUGUAUUGAUACGAAUAAUUUGAAACCACAAAAAAAAACAUAUUUAUAUAAAUGUAACUUAUUUAUAUUUAUGACCUUAUAAACAAUGUUUAGUAUAUAUAUCUACAUUUACAAAAAUAAAUCAGUAUUUAGAAUAAUCGUUACGUUAUCGUACUUACUUGGUAGUAAGUAAAUGAAAAGUGGUUCAAAAAUUCAGUGUCAAUGUUCGGAGGAAAUGAAGAUGAAACCGAACCUUGUGUGCAUUAUAUUUAUGUGAAAUUAAAGUUUAAAAUAAACUUA